UUGAUGAAUGUAGUGAUCCGUCGUUGCCUUAUGUGUGAUUGAGGACACUACAUUCAACCAUAAAUUAAUCAUUAUCAUAAUUUAAUAAAAAAAACAAAUGGAACGUCAAUUUGAAAUAAUGUUGAAAGCAGGGCAAGGGAUAUAAAAAUAAGGUGCAUGGAGGAAGGGAGGGAGUUGGAGAUUGGGAAGAGGAGAGGGAAAGGAUAGAGAUGGUGUGCGCGGCGCAACGCCUAUCCUUGGAGAGGAAAACGAUAAUGGUAACUGGUGGGGCAGGGUUCAUUGGAUCUCACACUGUGGUUCAGCUUCUCAAACAAGGCUAUACAGUUUUCAUUAUAGACAAUCUCUACAAUUCUGUCAUGGAAGCCGUCCAUAGGGUUCGGCGUUUGGUGGGUCCUCAACUGUCCAAUAACCUCCACUUCCACCACGUUGAUCUCCGUAACAAGCACGACUUGGAGAUUAUAUUCUCUAAAACAAAGUUCGAUGCUGUGAUCCACUUUGGUGGUUUGAAAGCGGUGGGAGAAAGUGUUGCGGAGCCACGCAGAUAUUUUGAUAACAAUGUGGUUGGUAGUAUCAAUCUUUUUCAAGUUAUGGGUAAGUUUCAGUGUAAAAAGAUGGUAUUCUCAUCGUCUGCAGCGGUUUAUGGGCAACCAGAUGAAAUUCCCUGCGUUGAGGACUUUCACUUGCAGGCCAUGAAUCCAUAUGGAAGAACCAAGCUUUUCGUGGAAGAGAUUGCACGAGAUAUUCAAAAGGCAGAACCAGAGUGGAGGAUUAUAUUAUUGAGAUACUUCAAUCCAGUUGGGGCGCACGAGAGCGGUGAGAUUGGGGAAGAUCCAAGGGGCAUCCCCAAUAAUUUGAUGCCUUACUUAACCCAAGUUGCAGUUGGAAGAUUGCCGGAGCUCAACGUUUAUGGUCACGAUUAUCCCACCAAAGAUGGCACUGCGAUACGGGACUUUAUUCAUGUAAUGGACUUGGCAGAUGGUCACAUUGCUGCCUUGCAAAAGAUUUUUGCGACAGAAAAAAUCGGUUGUAGUGCCUACAACUUGGGAACCGGACGCGGGACAUCAGUGCUUCAAAUGGUUGCUGCAUUUGAAAAGGCUUCUGGCAAGAAAAUCCCUAUUAAAAUGUGUCCCAGGAGGCCCGGAGAUGCUACUGCUAUCUAUGCAUCUACACACAAGGCGGAAAAUGAACUUGGUUGGAAGGCAAAAUACGGUAUAGAGGAGAUGUGCAGAGACCAAUGGAACUGGGCAAGCAACAAUCCAUGGGGGUACCAGCUUGAUAUUGGGUUGGGAAAUGGGAAUCAUUGAAUUUGAAUUGCUUCCAUUAGUAAUAUACUUGAUGCUUAAUCCUCCUACUAUCCUCUCACUUUUUGUAUUGUGUUGUGCCCUUCUUGAGACACAAUUUUUUAUGUUUCUUUUGUUUUUACAUACAACAA